AUUUGUUUGGCCCUGCACGGCUUCCUUACACAGCGUGGAUUUCAAUGACAUUCUGAGCUUUCAUAAGACAGUUCACUUCUGAAUGGUGUAAAAAUGUCGUUAGCCUUUUUAUUCAGAACAGCAGUAAGAGGCGUUGCAAAGGUCAGCGUUUGCCAGCAUGUACAGUCGUUACACACAGGUUGUCAGCUCUUGGCAGCAGACAAAGCCCUCCUGAUGAAACUACGGAAAAGCACCGGCUACACUUUCAUUAACUGCAAGAAAGCACUGGAGAAGUUUGAUAAUGACAUAGCACAGGCAGAGACCUGGCUACACGAGCAGGCCCAGAAGGAGGGCUGGAGCAAAGCAAACAAACUGGAGGGUCGCAAAGCCAAAGAGGGUCUGAUCGGUCUGUUUGUAGGUGAUAAAGCUGCAGUUAUGGUGGAGGUGAACUGUGAGACAGACUUUGUUGCCCGGAAUGAGAAGUUCCAGCAGCUGGUUAAGGAUGUGGCAUUUGCCACCUUGGCUCACCACCAGAAUAAAACCCAAAGCCAGACAGGAUAUAUCAAGAGUGUCCUGGCAGGCGAAGAGUUAAGCAAACUCAGUGUGGGUGAAGGAGCUUCACUUGCAGACCAGGUUGCUCUCACAAUAGGUCGCCUUGGUGAGAACAUGUCAGUGAAACGGGCAGUGACAGUCGGUGUCCCUGCUGAGUGGCACAUCGGCUCGUAUGUGCACGGUGGUGUGAGCGGCCAGACUGAGGUGGCCAUGGGGCGGUACGGUGCCCUGGUCGUAUUCAAGGGUGGAAAGGAGGCAGAACAGGAAACUUUAGGCCGUAAACUGGGACAGCACGUAGUGGGAGAGGCCCCCGUGUCCCUGGGCAACAUGGAUGACCUGCCCUGUGGUGAAAGUGAGACACGUCUGCUGCCUCAGACCUUCCUGGGAGACCCCAGCAGGACUGUAGCGCAGUUCCUCAGGGGUCAACAGGCUCGAGUGCUGGACUUUGUCCGAUUUCAGUGUGGAGAGACCUCCAGCGAAGAAGCAAAAUGAAAGGAGGGAAAUCAUUUAUCCAGUAGGAUUUGUCAUUUGUCUUUAUUUCAUACGAAAAGUACCCAUUUAUUCUGUAACAUUCAGACAGUCAUACAUUGUCAUCAUGAAUUUGAAAGGAGAAUAUAUAGACCUACCAGCAUUGGUGCCUGAUGAAAUAAACAAUCCAUGAACAAA